AUGGAGUACCUCUCUAACCUGGACCCCAGCGGCCUGCUCAGGUCAGUAUCCAACAUGAGCGCCGAUUUGGGCCGAAAGGUCUGGACCUCGGCUCCACCACCCCAGCGACCUUUCCGAGUCUGUGAUCACAAGCGGACCACCCGGAAAGGCCUGACAGCCGCUACCCGUCAGGAACUGCUAGACAAGGCUCUGGAGGCCCUGGCGCUGAGUGGAGCGCUCACACUGGUGCUGGAGGAAGACGGGACCACCGUGGAGAGCGAGGACUUCUUCCAGCUGUUGGAGGAUGACGCGUGCCUGAUGGUGCUGGAGUUGGGACAGAGCUGGAGCCCCCGCAGGAGUGGGGUGCUGUCGUGUGGCCUGGGCCGGGAGAAGCCCAAGCACAGCAAGGACAUCGCCCGCAUCACCUUCGACGUAUACAAGCAGAGCCCUCGAGAUCUCUUCGGCAGCCUGAAUAUCAAAGCCACGUUUUACGGGCUCUACUCCAUGAGCUGUGACAUUCAAGGACUCGGCCCAAAGAAAAUACUCAGGGAGCUCCUCCGAUGGGCCUCCUCACUGCUGCAAGGCCUGGGCCAUAUGCUGCUGGGGAUUUCCUCCACCCUUCGUCGUGCAGUAGAAGGGACUGAGCAGUGGCAGCGGCAGGGUCGCCUUAAACCCUACUGA